GAUCCGACGGUCGCAGCGCCUCCCCUGUUCCCCGCACCUCGUUCCCCAGCGGCCCUACUGUUACCACUCGCUUUACAAGAGACGAGAGACGAACGCCUUCUUCCUCUCUGACUCCCUCCCAGAUCAAGAAACCCCACCCCCAUCGAGCCCAGAAUUUGCCGAAAUUUCGAGGUUUUUUUCCUGCCUUCUUCGAUUUGUGCGCUGGUUCGAGCAUUUUGUCGGGAACUCGAGAAGGAUUUCCAAGAAACCUCGCGCAAGUUCGUUUCUUGGAUCUUUUGAAGAGCGGCGGGGUUCGAUGCCGAGGCGGAGUAGCUUGUGGUAUUCGGAUCUGGUCUGAGGAGAAGAUGCCGGUCUCGACGCGAUCGCGGGUGACCCACGCGUCCUGCGGCAGCGGCAACGGCGCGGGCGCAAUGGAGUGGGGCUCGGCGGGGCCGGCUCCGGGGCGCGACGGCGGGGCGCAGCGGGAGGGCAUAGCGAGCCACCACCACCACGGGCUCAAGGAGAAGAUGCGUGCGCUCACCCUGCUCUACGAGCAGCAUAAGCAGCAGCACGCCGCGUCGCAGGGCGGCGCCACCGCGCGGCAACACCGCCGCAGCGUCCGGUGCCUCAACGCGGAGGAGGUCAACGACGAGAACACCAAGAACGUCGAGGAGGAGGAGGGCGAGGAGGCCAAGCGCCACCACUACCCCUUUGCUCUGGUGCCCGAGGUGGCGGUGCUGAGGGAGAACGUGGCAACCCCGGAGGUGCGAGCCCCGUCCAAGAACAGCCACAUCAUCGUGUUCGCUCGGCCAGCGGAGCCGCAGGAGAAGGAGAACGUGGCGGGCCGCGCCGGCGACGCCAUGUCCUGCCCCAUCAAGAAGGUGGUGCCGGUGCUCCCGGCGCCUGCGGCGAGGAAGCUCUCGAUGGGAGGCGCCAUCGGCAGCAAGCUGAAGGCCGUCGGGGAGGCCGUGGCCGGCAAUACCGAGGCGUUGGAGAGCCGGAUCCUGGUGUUCGUGAGGCUGCGGCCGAUGUCGAGGAAGGAGAAGGAGGCUGGGUCGAGGAGCUGCGUCAAGAUUGUCAACAAGAGGGACGUCUACCUCACGGAGUUCGCCUCCGAGAAUGACUACCUCCGGUUGAAGCGCGUUCGCGGCCGCCAUUUCUGCUUCGACUCCGCCUUCCCCGACUCGACGACGCAGGCAGAAGUCUACGGCACCUCAACAGCAGAUCUUGUGGAGGGUGUCCUGCAAGGUAGGAAUGGGACAGUGUUCUGCUAUGGAGCCACAGGGGCUGGCAAGACCUACACAAUGCUUGGGACAAUGGAAAACCCUGGAGUAAUGGUGCUUGCAAUCAAGGAUCUGUUCUCCAAGGUGAGGCAGAGAAGCCACGACGGCAACCACUCAAUUCAGCUGUCGUACCUCGAGAUAUACAAUGAGACGGUGAGGGACUUGCUGUCUCCCGGUAGACCCCUCCACCUGAGAGAAGAUAAACAGGGAACAGUUGCUGCUGGUCUUACUCACUAUAGAGCAUACUCCACAGAUGAGGUUAUGAAAUUACUACAGCAAGGUAACAAAAAUCGAACAACUGAACCAACUCGAGUAAAUGAGACCUCAUCGCGCUCUCAUGCGAUACUGCAGGUUGCUGUAGAAUAUAGAUUCAUGGAUGUAGUUAACAUAGUAACACGAGUUGGAAAACUCUCUCUCAUCGAUCUUGCUGGAUCAGAAAGAGCUCUAGCAACUGACCAACGCACACAGAGGUCGAUCGAAGGAGCAAACAUUAACCGCUCUCUUCUUGCACUCAGCAGCUGCAUCAAUGCCCUUGUGGAGGGGAAGAAGCACAUACCAUAUCGCAAUUCGAAGCUGACGCAACUCCUCAAGGAUUCACUCGGAGGAUCCUGUAACACUGUCAUGAUUGCCAACAUUAGCCCCUCCAAUCUUUCUUUUGGUGAGACACAGAACACGCUCCAUUGGGCUGAUCGUGCCAAGGAGAUAAAAACAAAGGCACUUACCGCUGCAAAUGAGGAGGUUUUGAAUGUACCAGAUUCUGAAACUGAUCAGGCUAAGCUAGUACUGGAGCUGCAGAAGGAAAACAGUGUGCUGAGGGAGCAGUUGGUAAGGCAGCAACAGAAGCUAUUGACAGUUCAGGCUCACUCACUUGCCCCAAACAUCUCGCCGCAACAAUCCCCUGCUCCCUCACCUCAUGUUACAACUCCAUGCUCAACCCAAAGAAAGGUCAAGCGAUCAAUCUUGGCUGGGAACUGCUUCACGCCAGACUCCAAGAGGCCUGCAGCAGACAACGCGCAGGUCAGGGAGCUGCAGAGGAAAGUGAAGACAUUGGAGGCUGAAAUCGAGAAGAUGAAGAAGGAGCACAUACUGCAGCUCAAGCAGAAGGAUGAGUUCAUCCGUGAUCUCAUCAACAGGAAGGCUUCGAACAGCUGUGAAGCGGCGGCGUCAGCUGAGAGAAGAAUCGUCACGAGGGCAAGCUUGCGAAAGGCGCAGAGAGACGCAUCAGCUGUAGGCGAGCUGAAAAGCCCGAGCCACCGGUUCACAUCACCCACGCCGACCGCAAAAAAGCGUACCUUCUGGGACAUUGGAGGCAAUAGCCCUUCAGUUCUUGCUACCAAUGGAAGAAAGACUCGAAGCCAUGUAGCUGCAGGGACACCGAAGAAAGCCCCUUCCAUGCUGCUUCAGCCGGGAUUCGCACGGCAAAGAGCGAUCCAUUGAGACAUUUAAGAUGCACAGGAGAGAAGACUGCCUACAGCGGAUGAGAUGUUCAUAUUAUUUUCCCUACCAUUUUCAGCUUUGUUUAUAGGAGUUUAAUUGAAAUCCUUGUAUCGCAGUUCAAUUUCGGUUUGUGCAAAUUGAACGAGCGCUUUUUAUCUUUCUUUUU